AUGUUUAGCACGGCCGCGCGGUUGACGGAGAGACAGGGGAGGAGCGGAACGACGCGUCUCGAGUACCUUCAGCUGAACGUGUUGGAGCUCUUUCUCGACUGUUUGACGGAGGAGAAUGCAAGGCUCGUUCAGUUUGGCAUGGGAGGGCUGUGCAACGCCACUGCAGAUGCUGCCAACUUAUCAGCGAUCGAUUGCCACUGCAGACAACGUCUUGUCUGUGCUUGCCUGCCUUUACUACAUUUGCACUCCUCGCACCCGAUCAGUAAUUCUGACAUCCAGCCUGCUUGA